CUUAGGGCCCUUUCUCUGCAAAACCCCAUCAGGGAUCUCAAAUCAGGUUCUUCUUUUGGAAAACAAGGUCCUUCUUGCUAACUCAGAACUGCGUCCACCCAUUACAUAUUUUAGAUGCUGAGUUCUCCAGAGUAUGUAGAGAAGGACAAGCUGUAAUAUCAUCAGGAGGUUCCCAAAAUAAAUGCAAAAGUAUUCCCUAUGAACUGGUAGAAUGAGUGUUAAUUCAGUUCCUAUUUGAAGAGCAGCAGAAGGCAAGAGAAGGAGUUGGGGGAGCCAAAAUAAUCUUACAGUCCCUAUGGAUUGGAGAUAUAGGGAUUGUAAGAUUGGCUUGGACAUGGAGAGGAAGGUUGUGAGGUUGAGCUCUCUCCCUCUGAGAGAUGAUCCUAACCUCCUCUCUACUAUUUGCUAACUUUGCACCUGUUUCCAUCUGCAAAAUAAGGAAAGUGUGAGGUUAUGGCAGAGAUCUGUCCUAGGAAGGAGAAGUAAAAGUCAAAGAAGGGAAGAAGACCAUGUUAAAGAGGACCGUUAGGUUCAAUACUCAGAGAUAUGCACUACUGCUAGUGCCCUUCCUGACAGGGUGUUAGGGCAAACAAACCGAUUAAAUGAAAAUAACUGAUGUUGAAACCUGAUGAAUAGAUGAUGAUACAACUGGCUAGACAGGAGGUUUCAAAUAAAAUUUCAACCUUGAUCUCAAGAAGCACAGAACGGGUGAGAAGCAAAGAUACGAAGGUUCUACUGACUUUUCAGGAGGUGACCGUGCAUUUCACAGAGGAGGAGCAGGCCCUGAUGGAUCCAGGCCAGAAGGCUCUGCACAGGGAGGUCAUGAAGGAGAAUUAUGGGAUGGUGCUCUCUCUGCACGAUUGGAAAAAGAGUGAUAAGAAGAAUGAACAGAGGCGAAGAAAAAUGGGAGAGAAACAAAAAUGGAGAAAGAAAUGUUUUAUCCCUCAUGACAUAGGUCAAGGGACUGAAAGAUAUCAUACCAGAAAGGGAAAAAUUAAAUUUCCCCAGGAGGAACAAAGUGUAACUAGAAGACCAAGGCUGAGCUUAGCUACAAGAGUUUGUGAACUGAAGGCACAAUUUCAGUGCACCAAAUGUGGAAAGAAUUUCAAGCAGCAGUUGCAACUUACUGAACAUCAAAAGACCCACAUGGGAGAGAAACCAUAUGAAUUCUCAGGCUGUGGAAAGAGCUUCAGUGAUAGGGGUAACUUUGCUCAGCCUGAGAGAAUCCACACAGGAGAGAAACCAUAUGAAUGCUUGGAGUGUGAAAAAUUCUUUAAGCAGAGGAAUGAUCUUGUCAGACAUCAAAGAAUCCACACAGGAGAGAAACCAUACAAGUGCUCAGAAUGUGGAAAGAGCUUCAAGUGGAGAAAUGCAUUCGUUACUCAUCAAAGAAUCCACACAGGAGAAAAACCUUAUAAAUGCUCAGAAUGCGGAAAGAGUUUCGGCCGGAAGGAUAACCUUACUAUCCAUCAGAGAAUCCACAGGGGAGAGAAACUGUAUAAAUGCUCAGACUGUGGAAAGAGUUUCAAUCGGAAGCAUCAGCUUUCUAGCCAUCAGAGAACCCACACAGGAGAAAAACCUUAUAAAUGCUUGGAGUGUGGAAAAUGCUUCAUGUGGAGGAAUAUACUUGUCAUCCAUCAAAGAAUCCACACUGGAGAGAAACCUUAUAAAUGCCAGGAGUGUGAAAAAUGCUUUAAGCAGAGGAAUAAUCUUGUCAUCCAUCAAAUAACUCACACAGGAGAGAAACCUUAUAAAUGCUCGGUGUGUGGAAAAUGCUUCAAGUGGAGGAAUGUACUUGUCACCCAUCAAAGAAUCCACACAGAUAAACCUUAUAAAUGCUGGGAGUGUGAAAAAUGCUUUAAGCAGAGGAAUGAUCUUGUCAUCCAUCAAAGAAUCCACACAGGAGAGAAACCAUAUAAAUGCUUGGAGUGUGAAAAAUGCUUUAAGCGGAGGAGUGUACUUGUCACCCAUCAAAGAAUCCACACAGGAGAAAAACCGUAUAAAUGCCUGGAGUGUGAAAAAUGCUUUAGGCAGAGGAAUGUUCUUGUCAUCCAUCAAAGAAUCCACACAGGAGAGAAACCAUAUAAAUGCUUGGAGUGUGAAAAAUGCUUUAAGCGGAAGAAUGAUCUUGUCAUCCAUCAAAGAAUCCACACAGGAGAGAAACCAUACAGACUCUGGAAAGAGCUUCAGGAACAGUGGCUCUUAUCCGGUGCAAUCAUUGCUGCUGGUUUUGCUCAAGAAACAAACCGGCAGGCGGAAAGGGUGUUCCUUGGAGAGCUGAAAGCUGAGCUGCUGCAUGGAUCAAAAAUGGAAGAGCUUGAAUUGGCUUGUUUUGAAGCAGAAACGGGGCAUCUUCUUGCCCCUGAGCUCGGGAGCAGUGGAGCUGUCUGGGAAAUCACCGGGUGGAAUCAUCUGGGCGUAGACACUCAUUCUUCGGAGGUCCUGUGCCAGCGCUUCAGAAGGUUUUCCUACCAGGAUGGCAAAGGCCCCCGGGAGGUUUGCAGCCGACUCCACCAACUUUGCCACCAGUGGCUGAAGCCGGAGAGGCACACCAAGACUCAGAUCCUGGACCUGGUGAUCCUGGAGCAGUUCCUGGCCAUCCUUCCCCCAGAGAUGAGAUGCUGGAUGAGAGAAUGUGGAGCCGAGACCACUUCCCAGGCGGUGGCCUUGUCUGAAGGCUUCCUCCUGAGCCAGGCAGAGGAGAAGAACCGGGAAAUAGAACAGAGGACGGUGGUGCCAAGCAAAGCAACCGGUGGAUCAUCUGCUCCACUGGAUACUCAACAGAAGAGAGAGUUGACUUGGAUCAAACUGGAGAGUGACGGAGGUGUCACCGUCCCAGGUGAUGAAAGGAGCCUAAGUCCAUGUUCAGGACCUCCUGUAGUAGCAGAAAGGACUGCCACGAAGACAGACCAGGAUAUGACAACGUUUGAAGACGUGGCCGUGUGUUUCACAGAGGAGGAGUGGGCCCUGAUGGAUCCAGGCCAGAAGGUUCUCCACAGAGAAGUCAUGGAGGAGAAUUAUGGGAUGCUGAUCUCUCUGGGUGAUGGGGGAAAAAACGACGUGAAGGAAGAACAAAAGACAAUUAAAAAUGGAGACAGACAACAGUGGAGAGAGGAAUGUGUGACUACUCAAGACAUAGGCCCACAAAUAGAAAAGUGUCACCUCAGAAAGGGAGGGAAUCCAUUUGUUCCCCGGGCAAAAAGUGUAAGUAAAAGAUUCAUGAUUAGCUUAGCUGCAGGACUGAUGAAACAGUUUCACUGCACAGUUUGUGGAAAGGAUUUUGAGCAGAGAGCGCAUCUCAGUAUACAUGAAAAAACCCACACCAGAAUAAAACCAUACAAGUACUUCAGCUCUGAAAACAGCAGCAGUUGGAGGGAAAUCCUUAAUGCCCAGGAGAAUAUUUACACAGGAGAGGAGCCCUAUAAAUGCCCAGAGUGUGGCAAGACCUUCAGGUACAGAAGUACUUUUGCUAAUCAUCAGGUAACCCACAGAGGAGAGAAACCCUAUAAAUGCUCACAAUGUGACAAGAGCUACAAACAGAGGCGUAGUCUUGAGGCCCAUCAAAGAAGCCACACGGGAGAGAAACCAUAUGAAUGUUCACAGUGUGGAAAGAGCUACAGCUACAGUAGUAUCCUUAUUGGACAUAAAAGAAUACACACAGAAGAGAAAUCGUAUGUGUGCUCAGCCUGUGAAAAGAGCUUCAAGCGAAGGGAUAACCUGGCUGCCCAUCAGAGAACCCACACUGAAGAGAAGCCAUAUAAGUGCUUAGCGUGCGGAAAGAUGUUCAGGGAGAAAAGUAGUCUUGCUAAACAUGAAAGAACCCACAGAGAGCAGCCCUAUAAAAGUGCAGUGUGUGGGAAGACUUUGAAGGGCCACAUCACCCUUACUAAGCAUCGUGGGACCCACGCAGAAGAGCAGCCAUAUAAAUGCACAGCUUGUGGAAAAAGGUUCAGCCGGGGCAGUAACCUUAUUAUCCAUCAGAGAACCCACACAGGAGAGAAGCCGUAUAAAUGUUCAGACUGUGGGAAGGGCUUUAAGGACAAGAGUACGUUUGUUAAACAUCAAAGAAUCCACACGGGAGAGAAACCCUAUAAGUGCUCAGACUGUGAGAAGAGUUUCAGUCGGAGAGAUAACCUUAAUACCCACCAGAGAACCCACAGGGAGGAGAAACUCUAUAAAUGCUUUGACUGUGGAAAGAACUUUAAGCAGAAGAGCGGCCUUAAUAAACAUCAGAGAACCCAUGCAGGGGAGAAACCAUAUAUAAAAUCUGGGUGCGAAAGGUGCUUCUGGCAGUGGGAUACUCUUUUUAAAUACCCAAGAACAGAAAAGGAGAGAAACUGUAUAAAUACUCAGACUGUGGAAACCUCUCCAAGCGGAGAGAGAGCUUUGCUGCCCAUCGGAGAACCCACCCUGGACCAUACCUACGCUCAGAGAAUGGAAAGAGCUUCAAACAGAGCAGGAACCGUAUUACCCAUCACAAUACCCAGCCAAGAGAAAAACUAUAUAAAUGCUCAGUGUGUGGAAAAUGCCUCAGAGGUCGCUUUGCUUCCUUUCAGAGAACCUGUAAAGGAGAAAAAUCACAUAAUUGCUCAGAGUGCUGAAAGAGCUUCGGACACCCCGAUAAUCUUGGUAAUCAUCUAAGAACUCAGUUAAACGAGGAAGCAGAUCAAUGUUCAGAGUGCAGAAAAAGCUUCUGGUGGAAAGAUAACCUUUCUGCGCACAACAGAGCUCACAGUUUUUCACAGUUUCUUUGACAAAGCAGGCCUGUGGUGUUUGUGGGUCUGCAGCUGAUUGGAGUCUGCGGAGAACACAACUUGUUGUUGUUGAUGCAGCAAUAGAUGGGACUAACAAUGAACUCAAAAAACGGAGAGACUAUUUUUGUUACUCCAUGUGUCCAUCCUUUCCACAUGUUCCUCCUGUAUGUCCCUCAGAUUUUUUUUUUUUACAAGUGUUGGGAAACAGUUCCAGAAAGGGAGAGGGGAAAUGUCUUGACUGGUUUCUUUCCUUCCAACAUGGGAGUCACAAGUAAAGGAAAAACAGUUUUAGUUUGAAGGGAAAAGCUAUGGUUGAAACCAUUCCCUCUAAAAGCAGGAUUAGCGGUCCUCCUCUUCACUCAAAGCAGGCACACCAGUGCACCCUUUGUGUAAUGCCCACCCAAGCGAACACAACAGUUAAGCUCCACUCUUUGAUUCCCUACUGAUAAAGCACCCUUUUUAACACAGUCAGAGAGAAUUAAAUACAACAAGGCAGUGGCCAAAAUCCUGUUGCUUAGCCUAGUAAUUCAUCUUACUGCACUGAGCUACAGGC